AUGGGGGUUGGUAAUCUUUGGAGAAAACGGAUACAAGGUUGUAUUUCAAAUACUCCCAUAUUUGUUCUCAUAAAUGGCUCGGCGCACUCAAAAUUCAACACCGGUAAAGGGAUAACUCAUGGUGAUCCGCUUUCUCCAUUUCUUUUCUUGAUUGUUUCAGAAUCUUUAAAUAUCAUGUUUCAGAUUGGUCAUGAAACGGGUCACAUAGGUGGGUUUGCAGUGAAUGCUAACGGAUUCAAGGUCAGUCAUUUGCGAUAUGCAGAUGACACUCUGGUAUUUUUAGAUGACUCCACUGAACAAAUGAAUUGUCUGCGUUAUUAUCUACUUGGUUUCGAAAUGGUGUCGGUCCUUCGCAUUAAUUUUGCUAAGUGCAGUCUUUAUGGGGUGGCUAACGCUGUGAAUAUGGAUGCAAUGACGGCAAUGUUGGGUUGUAAAACUGAAAGUUUUCCUUCGAUUUAUUUAGGUUUUCCCUUGGGUGACAUUGCGGCUUCUUUUCAAAAUGGGAAGAGAUUAUAG